UGUUUUUUGUAAAUUCCUUCUUCUUCUUCUUCGGUUUUGAUUUUGGUUUUUGUUUCUUCAAGUUUUUUGAUCUUCAAUGGCGGACUUAUCACCGUUGUUGGAGUGGACGGAGGAACGGAGAGAAACAACGAGGGAUGCUUUUUUAUCGAAGACAAAGACUGUUGGGUUCUUAGCGGCUCCAUUGGCUGCUAUCAAUCUCUCUCAGUUUUUGAUUCAUACUGGUUCUUUGAUGAUUGUGGGUCAUCUUGAUGAACUUUCUCUUUCCAGUACCGCCAUAGCUGUUUCUUUAGCUGCUGUUACUGGAUUCAGUGUUAUUAUUGGCAUGUCUAAUGCCCUUGAAACUCUAUGUGGCCAAGCUUAUGGGGCUGGACAAUAUAAAAAAUUUGGAAAUCAUGUUUACACUGCUAUAGUAUGUCUCCUAGUAGUUUGCCUCCCAUUAACUAUAUUAUGGAUCAACAUGGGGAAGCUACUUGUUUUGGUUGGCCAAGAUCCUUUGAUAUCACGUGAAGCUGGGAAGUUCAUGAUAUGGCUUAUUCCCGGGCUCUUUGCUUAUGCAUUUCUUCAGCCACUUAUGAGAUAUUUUCAGAUGCAAGUUUUAGUGAUUCCCAUGCUUGUAAUUAGUUGGAUCACCUUUUGUCUGCAUAUACCCCUCUGUUGGGUUUUGGUGUACAAAACCGGACUCCAUAACCUUGGUGGAGCUUUAGCCAUGAGUAUUUCAUAUUGGGUGAAUGCAAUUUUUCUUGGGUUAUAUAUGAAAUUUUCUCCCAAUUGUGAUAGAACCCGCUCUGCAAUUUCUAUGGAGGUGUUCAAAGGAAUUGGAGUCUUCCUUCGCCUUGCUAUACCUUCUGCAGUAAUGACUUGCCUUAGUUGGUGGUCAUUCGAGAUGAUUAUCUUACUGUCUGGGCUUCUGCCAAAUCCAGAGCUUGAAUCUUCAGUUCUAUCUGUUUGCUUCAAUACCUUGACGACAGUAUUUACAUUAGCAUGUGGAAUUGGCAGCGCAGGCAGUACCAGAGUUUCAAAUGAACUAGGAGCUGGGAAGCCCCAAGCUGCUCGUAUAGCUGCUGGGGCAGCAAUAUUUCUUGCAGUUGUGGAGAUCAUCAUAGUGAGCAUGGUCCUCUUCGCACUUCGUCAUGUUUUCGGUUAUGCUUUCAGCAGCGAAAAGGAAGUUGUGGAUUAUGUUGCUGUCAUGGCUCCCCUAGUUUGUAUGUCAAUCAUAUUCGACGCCGUUCAAGGGGUCAUUUCAGGUGUUAUAAGAGGAUGUGGGUGGCAGCGCGUAGGGGCUUAUAUAAACUUGGGGGCUUUCUAUCUUGUUGGAAAUCCAGCUGCUAUAGCACUUGGAUUCUGGGCUAAUCUAGGAGGGAGAGGCAUGUGGAUUGGCAUCCUAACUGGGGCUUUUAUACAAGUGUUUCUACUCUCGAUCGUCAUGAGCCGCGUUAAUUGGAACAAACAGGCAGAGGCAGCAAGGGAAAGGAUCUUUGAUGGAAAAGAAGAAAAUAAAUACGAUGAACAAAUUGUUGUUUGAAUGAGGACUUUGUCAUCUGUGCUAGUUUUGACCAGGAAUUAACGUUUGAGAUAUUAGAAGUGAGAGCGUAUCUGAUGCAAAGACCAACAACCAUUGAUGAGAUUUUUUAUUUUAUAUUUUUUUUGACUGUAAAAGAGAAAGAUUAAAAGAGUGAGGAAGUGAGGAAGUGAGUUUCCCUAAUUAACAUUGGUUUGAAGCCAUUGUGAGUAAGGUUUCACUUGGAAAAUGUGGAGUGAAAAUUUGUACUUUUGACUUGUAAAACGUAUAAAAUGUUAUAAAGUGAAGAUAUGUUUGGCAUUACUAA